GAUAAACUUAUUAAAUAGAAUAAAUGAAAAGUUGAGAUGCAUGGGAACUCGAGUUUCUUUUAUCUUCUUUAUCCUCGGUGUUUUACACUUAGGAACUUUUGAUAGCUGCGAUUUUUGUAUCUGCAGACGCGAUUAUGUGGACUGCAGCAGUGGACGAUUGAGCGAAGCUGGGGGACUUCAGGGACGAUUGAACCGUGUCAAAGAUCUUUUUCUGGAUAGAAAUGGUCUCAAAUCGAUCUCAAAUACUUUGACACAGGAACUCAUGUCCUUCAAGUCCCUGAAAUUUCUGUCUCUUUCCGAAAAUGAACUGCAAUCAUUUCCAGUCUCUAUCCUCUCGAAGCUACAUCUUGAUACACUAAAACUCGAGAACAAUAAGCUAUCUUCGUUUUUGGGAGGUGAAACUGGAGUAUAUUCUGUAAUCAAUCUUGAUUUGUCAUCGAAUAACUUUUCUUCUAUUCCCACCAGCUUGUGCCAACAGUUCCCCUACCUCAAGUAUCUAAAUCUAGAUAAAAAUCAAAUACGAGUUGUGCGGAAGACAGAUUUGUCAGACUGUUUAGUCCUGGAGACUCUUUCCUUGAACCACAAUGCAAUUUGGUCAAUUGAAAGCGGAUCUCUCACAUCUGUGCCGCGACUCGAACUUCUGAAACUUAGCGGAAAUCUGCUCUCAUCUCUUACCAAAAAUCAGUCAAUUUUCAGAGAGCUUUCUUCUCUCCAAGAAUUAGAUCUAUCCUCUAAUCAAAUUCACACCCUCGAGUCCCUGUGCUUUGUGGGACUGAAGGCUUUAGAAGUACUCAAUUUGAGCAGCAAUGCCCUUUGGAACUUGCAGAGUGCAACGUUCUACCAUCUGGAUUCGCUCACUAAACUUGACAUCAGCCAUAAUGAGUUACGGCAACUUGUGAAUGGCACCUUUUUCGGACUCAGCAAGUUAACAUAUCUGGAUGUGUCUCAUAAUUCGAUCGGGACAUUCGGAGGGAAUUUGCCCCUGCAGUUUCUUCAAACUCUGAAGACUAUCGACCUUUCCUACAAUGCAAUAUCUAAAGUGCUAGCAGUCGGAACAGCGUCUCAGCUAAGGACGCUCAACUUAUCGCAUAAUGCAAUAUCAAGCAUAGCAAACAGUGCCUUCGCAAAUCUGAUAUCACUAGAGAGUUUAGAUCUGGCCCAAAAUUCACUCCAUUCCUUCGAAAAGAGUUCACAAAUCUUCUUGUUUUUGACCAGGCUGCUCAGUUUAAAUAUAUCCAGCAACCCCAUCAAAAAUAUCCCAGGUGUGAUUUUCUCGGAAUUACCGCCCAGCCUUAAAUAUCUAUACCUGAGGAACACAUCGCUUUCGACUCUUUCUCAGAAGUCGGUGACUAAGUCUAAUCUUCAUAGCCUGGAGAGAUUCGAAAUCUCGACGAAGAAUUUCUACUGCGACUGCAAUGCCAAAUGGAUCGAAUCAUGGCUUCUUGGCCACGCUUUUUUCGACGCAAGCUUCAACAUAAUAUGUGCAUAUCCGGACGAAUUGAGAGGACAGUCUCUGAUGAGUGCGAAACAUUUGCAAUGUGGAGAGACAUCAGCCAGGCCCCACAUAGAGAUGCAGCCCAAGUCCAAGUCAGUGAUCAAGGGCAGCUACACUUCUUUUCUAUGUGUGGCCAAAUCCAGCGGGUCAAACAACUCGCCAGCGAUUGAAUGGACCGUGAACUCGAAGCUCAUUCUACCCUCAGAUCUAAACGAUCGUUUCAGUAUAGAGACUGAACUGGACCGUAUUCCGACUGCAGAUGGCCACGGGACCAUAAUAAUGUCCUCGAAGGUUGUGUUGAGGAAUGUCACAAAUAGCGAAGAGGGAUCUUAUGCAUGCUCAGUUCACAAUGAGUUUGGAUCUGUUUACUCAGAAGCGGCUGAGCUGAAAGUAAACGUGAAGCCCUUUUUUACUCUCCCACCUCGCAAUGUAUCUGCGAGGUCGAAAGGACCUGUCGAACUGGAAUGCGAAGCGAGUGGAGACCCAAGGCCGGAGAUAAAGUUCAACAAAAAUCAUCACGGAAAGUUUCCGGCUGCUUCAGAAAAGCGACUGCAGUAUUUCAAAUCCAAGUACUACAUCAGUGACUUGCAAAGACAGGAUGACGGAGUUUACACGUGUGAAGCGACUAAUGCGGCUGGGAAUGUAUCCAAGGACUUUUACAUAAAUGUUCUAGAAGUGCCAGUUUUUCUGCAGCAGCUAUCCGACAUAGAUACUAUAGUAGGAGGGAGUGUCGCACUCCCAUGCUUGAACGAGGGGGUUCCCAAACCGGAAAUCCACUGGUACAAAGACCAGCGUCUGCUCAACUUCUCCAAGAAUGGAAGCGCGCCUGGUGGCUUCAUAUCCAGGGGCGAGAUGCUAGUGAUUCCACAUGUUAAUUUAAGUCACUCGGGCGAGUAUACGUGCGAGUUGCUGAACCAAAUCGGAAGAGUGACUGACAGGGCCAACAUUCGUGUGUUUUCGUCCAGUGGAGUUGUUCAGAAUAGGAGACAGAAUAACAAUGAUCAGGGUUUUUUUGACUACUUUGGGGAAGGGUCACCCCUGAGUGUGACGAUUGGCAUCAUCAUGAUUAUAGUGGUAUGUUGUGUGGUGGUCACUUCCUUCAUCUGGGUUGGCAUCCUCUACUAUUGCAAGCAGAAAGCACGCGGCCAGACCUACAGUUAUGAUCGCUCGGUAGAUGGAGCCAGUUUCAUUCUCAGAUCAGCCACUGCAAUCAAUUCUUCUAAUCUGGGAACGAAGCAAAAUAGCACGAGCAAGGGAGGCGAGUCAGGAAGCAUCUCCUGUGCCUCAAAUUCAGUCAGAGACAACGAGCAUCCUUCUUUCAAUCCCGUACAAGGAGUAUCCACUACACACUUCUUCUCGGCCGAUUCCCCGGACGGACUCCCAAUUGGGGCAAGGGGGCGCCCGACGAGAGGGGGCACAGCUUACUCUCCCUUCUCACAAGCUGACCGUCACUUCCUUUCGGGUCCUCUGAUCUCGUCCGCGAUGAGCUACGACAACUUCCUCGGUGCCAGUCACAUGCACUCUGCACCAGCAGAGCACUCAGGUGCGAGCUUCAACAGUUUGGAAAUAGGAGAAGCCUUCAUAGCUGGUCCAGCACCUGUUCCAUUUAUCCAGACGGCACCGCCGGACGAACCUACUGAGCGAAGUAUGCAUUCUUUGUCGCAGGCCAACCUUCGAGCACUAGAUUCAGCAGCCACGUUGUCGAGAACCCGCGCCACUCAUCUUCAGGAGCCGAGAAGUGUACAAAUAAGGGCAGCUGCCGAACACAGUGAGCACAGCACUGGAGGGGCCAGUGAUUUCAGUAGUCGAGUGUCAGCAGAUCGCGGACACUCGUUAGGCAAUUCAGAGCACCCGACAAGUAUUCCAAAUGUGGGCGCUUACUACAACAAUAGACUGCCCUCGAAUGCAGUAUCGGAGACGCCUUCUUAUCUGAGGCAUUACAAUAGAUUCUGUGAUCAUAACUACCAGCCAAAUGUGAACGUCCUGGAUCUUGAUGAAUCGACAGUUUGUCCAGAUAGUUCGGUGCCGCCUCGGGGAUUGGAAGCAUCGCCAGCGGUAACCAGGUCCUCCUCGCAUAUCAACACCGGUUCGAAUCUCACUCGGAGCUUGACCAGUCCAGAUGAUGGGCAAGCAUAUGACGGUGUGCACAUGACGACUGUAUUUGCACGAUCUGAUACUCCUCACGGUAUGAGUGUGCGAGCAACUGCAAGCAGCAGUAGGGAAAACAGCACCAGUGCAAGUACAAGUACAGGCGGCGGAGGAAUUAGUUCACAUCCCACCACUACUAGCAGCGGUAGUGUCACAACAUCGGCAUCGAGUUUCAACAUGGGAUCAGCCUUCCAACCUCUUCCCUCGAAGUCCGCUAAGGAACGACAGAGAUUACUAGAAGGUGACGGAGGGAACAGAGGUCGGCCAAACUAUAGCCAGUCUGGCUUCCUCACCACAGGCAGAAUAGGCGACAAAAGAAAGAUGCCCAGUCGUCAUAACCAUAACCACCACUCAGGGUUAAAAGGGACCAAGAACGAUGCAGGUAAUUACAUAGAAAGACGCACAGACAACCAGACCAAUCCAGACGCUCGCCUUCGCCCAGGACUGAGUAACAGCCGGACCUCUAAUGCAAUACAAAACCCCACGGAGCCACAACGUAUAGGUACAUCCAAUGAAAGUAAUCAACCACAGAUGCGAAGGCCCACCGCGUCGCAUUUGUCCGAACACGAUCUGAGAUCACUCGCUGUUCAGUUAUCAGUGGCAUCGCAACGAGAGACGAACACUCCACCGAGACGAGAUCCGCCGAGGCCUCCCAGGCACGAACGGGAGUCGCUGUCCGGUUUGGAUGGAGAGCGGAAUACUUGGGCGAACAAUGAUAGCCUAGUUUACAAUGCAAAUGAGGUCGAAUCAGGGAGUCCAACAGAUAGACACGCGUCGUCUAGCUCAUCGACGAGUCAGCACAACUCAAACUCUUGAAUCAAAAUUGCUUGUUGAAAGCAUCAAUUAAACAUACAAUUUUUAAGUGACAAUGAACAAAUCGACGACACUUAUUUAGGUUGUGUUUUUUCGUAUUUUCAAGGAAAAGUUUAUAAGUUGUUCACGUUCCAUUUUAUUUUCGCUUUUUGAGUUUUGGUUUCCUCUUAAGAUCUGUUAAGUUAGAUGUGCCAAAUGGAACGCAAAUCCUGCGCUCCGAUAAUGAAGUACAAAUUGCGCGGAACUGCUUGAAUUGCUUCAAUUGUCAAAAAUAGAUAUAUGUUUAGAAUUGGCAGUGGAUUAAAAAGGUUACCUAUUGGCCCAAUUCUGCAAAAUUUUUAAACAACGAAGAUUCAGAAAAUCGGAAAAGCUCGAAGGUGAUAUAUUGUUUUCUCGGUAAUUUUCUUUGAUAAAGUGUGCCAUUAACUUAUUUCCGACUGUCUGAUGGCUAUGUUUUAUGUAAUUUGAGAUUUAGAACUAAACCAGGCUUGCGCUAUUUAAUUGCGUGACUUAAAGUAAAAAAUCAGAAAGCAGAAAAGUUUCCCCAAAUUGACAAAGACUAGAAUAGAAACUUAUAUAUUGAUUCACAAAAUUGAUUGACCAACAUAUUGUAUGUUCAAUUGUUGCUUGUACAAUGUACUGAACAUAAUUUCUUAUUUGGACCAAUUUGUUCAGUUUUUGAUCCACUCUGUGAUGUUGAAAAUUAAGUGCCCCAAAAAUAGAUCUGUAUAAGAGGUAAUUUUGAUUCUAUAAGUGAUUUAUGCAGAUCUGUUACAAUAUUAUUGUUUUAAAGAUGUCACUAUGUUUUGCCUUAUUUUGUAUUAGAACUCAAAAAUGUUCCUGAAGUUUUAGAAUGUAUCCUUUUGUAUUACUGUAAAAAUUUUCUAUCGGAGUAUUUGUAGUUUUAGUCUUCCGACUCACGUUUUGAUAGAAUAAAUA